CUGUUCAACAACCCCACCUUGUCUGAUGUCACCAUCAAACAAAUUGCUCAAGGCAAGGUGCGAGAGUAUCACGCCCACAAGGCCAUACUCAGCGCAGACUCAAGCUACUUCUUCCGAGCCUUCACCGAUGAGUUCAAGGCAAGUCAACCAUCUGGGAGCACCUUACUGCAGCUAACCACCGCACAGGAGGCGUCCCAGCCCGUGAUUGAGAUCCACGACGACCAUCCAGAUCACUUUGAGUUCCUGCUCAAGUAUAUCUACACGUACGAGUACGACAAGGCAGCUAUCCGCAAGCUCGCGGCUGGAGAUGCGGUCAACCGUGUGCUUAUACCCAUCGGUAUACAAGCAAUUGCGGACAAGUACGAUGUA